AUGGCCAAAUCCGCAGUGGGAACCCCAAAACACUUGUCAAACAAACUCAAGGCUGCAGGUUUGCAGAAAUUGGCCAACUACUGCCAGAUAUGCUCCAAGCAAUGUCGUGAUGCCAAUGGCUUCAAGAACCACAUCUUGUCCUCGACCCAUCUAAACAACUUGAAACACAUGGACUCCAAUCAGAUCGAGAAAUACUCUCAGGAAUUUAUGGGCUCCUUUCUACGCCUUUUGCGGUUGAACCAUGGCGAGAAGCGUAUCAGUGCCAACAAGUUCUAUCAGGAAUUUAUCCAGGACAAGGACCACACGCAUAUGAACUCCACAAAGUGGAGCUCCCUCACGCAAUUUGUGGCCUUCAUGGGGAAAAAUGGGCUUGUACGGGUGGAUACUCCAGAGGAGGGGGAUGAUGUUGAGCCAGGUUUGUUCAUCAGCUAUGUGGAUAAUUCGCCCGAGGCGGUGCAGCGCAGACUUCUACUCGAGCAGAAGGGGAAGUCCUCGCAGACGGAUGAGGAGGUUAGCAGCAAUCUCCUCAAUCAGCAGAUUAAGCGUGCGGCCGAAUUGUACAAGCAGCAAGUUGAAACUUUGGAUGUAACGCCUGCUCCAACGCCUGUUGGGGAGGUCAAGCCUGUCAAGAUAUCUCUCAAGACCGCUGAGGCCAACUCUACUCCGAGGGUCAGCCUUGGCAAAAUUUCCGUAACCAAACCGGUGCAGAAGAUUAAUGCAUUCAAGGUGCUGAAGCCUGUGAUGAAGAACGCUUUUAAAUAA